AUGGAGCUCUGCCUCCAGCUGGGCUGGAGAGCCAAAUAUGGCUGCUUUGAUGUGCUUCCACUGGUCCUGCAAGCCAAUGGUCAAGACCCAGAAUUAUUUGAAUUGCCGCCAGAGCUCAUCCUGGAGGUGUCGAUGGAGCAUCCCACAUAUGAAUGGUUUAAAGACCUGGACUUGAAGUGGUAUGCCGUUCCGGCUGUGUCUAAUAUGCUCCUUGAAGUUGGUGGGUUGGAAUUUACAGCUUGUCCUUUUAAUGGCUGGUACAUGGGGACUGAGAUUGGCGUACGGGACUUCUGCGACGUCCGGCGCUACAAUAUUCUUCAGAAACAAAGCAUCACUAUCAUGGACCACCAUUCUGCUGCCGAAUCCUUCAUGAAGUACAUGCAGAAUGAAUACCGGAUUCGUGGGGGGUGUCCGGCUGAUUGGGUUUGGCUGGUUCCCCCCAUCUCGGGUAGCAUUACCCCCCUCUUCCAUCAGGAGAUGUUGAAUUACAUUAUUUCACCCUUUUAUUAUUAUCAGACUGCCUGUGAAAUGUUUGAUAUCCGUGGAAAGCACAAGAUCCUGUUGCCAAAAGAAUAUACAUGUAAGGAAACCUGGAACCCCAAGGAUUUUAGGAUUGUAUAUGAUUCUCGGCCAUUGGAGUAUGCUGUCUUCGGCUUGGGUUCAAGCAUGUAUCCAGAAUUCUGUGCCUUUGCCCGUCUUGUGCACCAAAAACUUGCCCAGUUGGGGGCAUUUCCAGUCAGCCCAAUGGGUGAAGGAGAUGAACUCAACGGGCAAGAAGAAGCUUUUCGGAACUGGGCCAUUCUUACAUUUCAGGUUACUUGUAUGGUGGAUUACAACCUAAGAGACCUUGAGAAGGAAACUCUACUUCUGGUGGUCACCAGCACUUUUGGAAAUGGCGAUGCACCAAGCAAUGGCAAAGUGGAUGCCUGGAAAACACAUACCUGGAAAGACGAGAAACACAAGCCAAAGAAAAGAAAGAUCAGAUUCUGCAUAUGGGCCAAGGCUGUGUUGUUUGCGUCCUCGUUGAUGCGAAGAGCCAUGGCUGUCAGGAUCAAAGCAACGGUGCUCUAUGCAACAGAAACAGGGAAAUCAGAGACUCUCGCUCGAAAGCUGGGGGAUAUGUUCAAUUGUGCCUUCAGUACCAAGCGGAUAUCUUUACAAGAAAGGGACAAUGAAUUUGGAGUGAACAAGAGAAAGAAAAGGAUACCUGAGUUAUCUUGGCAUUCAGCUCUUUUCCAGUUGAGCAAGAGUGGCUACUGGACUCCUUACAAAAAGUUUCCAGCAUGUUCACUGUCCCAAGCUUUGAUGCAUUUCCUUGAUGUCACCUCUCCUCCUUCCCAGCAGUUGCUAAGAUCAUUUUCCCAGCUGGCAGAAGAUAAAAGUGAGAAGGAAAGGCUGAAUCUCUUGUGUCAUAAUUUGGAGGAAUACAACAAGUGGAAAUUUUACAACAGCCCCAAUCUCUUGGAAGUCCUGGAGGAAUUCCCAUCCAUCAGGCUCUCAACAUCCUUCUUGCUCUCUCAGCUGCCUUUACUCAAGCCCAGAUAUUACUCCAUCAGUUCUUCGCAGGAUUGGGACCCCCAGGAAUUGCAUUUGACUGUGGCUGUGGUGACCUACAGACCUAGAAGUAAGCAGGCUUUCUGUUCUGAAACUUCAUUUGGCCCUGUGUUUGCAGUGAUUCUUCAUAAAAUUGCUGCUGGAUUCCAACUUCCAAAAGAUCCAAGAAAACCGUGCAUCCUGAUUGGUCCUGGUACAGGAAUUGCUCCUUUUAGAAGCUUCUGGCAACAACGACACUUUGACUUAGAAAAGAAAGGGAUCCAAGGGAGGGGUCUGAUCCUGCUGUUCGGCUGCCGGCACUCAAGCCUGGACCAUCUCUAUCGAGAGGAAAUGGAGGAGAUGCAUCGGAAAGGGAUUCUCCAAGAGAUCUACACAGCUUACUCCAGAGAGCCCGGGAGCCCCAAAGUUUAUGUGCAGGACCUCCUUCGGAAUGAAUUGGAAGCAGAAGUGUACAGACUUCUCCAUGAAGAAGAGGGACACCUGUAUGUCUGCGGGGACAUCCGCAUGGCCAGCGAAGUGGCUAAGACCUUAAAGGAGAUGUUUGCAAAGAAACUGAGUUUGACCGAAGAGGAAGCAGAGGACUACUGUUUUCAGCUGAAGAGGCAGAAACGAUACAAAGAGGACAUUUUUGGAGCCACGUUUCCAAAAGAGAACCAAAGAACCAUGGAAGAAGUUAAAACUGAAAGAACCAUAAAAGUUUUAGAAGCUCAAGUCCAGCUAAAACUUUAA